UAAAAAUCUAAAUUCUCCGAUGUCGGUGCUUGCAUGGUUCGCCGUAGUCUUUUUUACGGCGAUCAACUCCCACGGGCUCAAUGUCAACCAACUUCCAUCCGCACGACGCUCUUUGCUGUCUUCCACCAAGAAAUCCGAAACUGCGCUAGUUGCUGCCCUGGAUGGAACAAUUCAUCUGUUUGACCUGAGCACCAAAAGGCCACUCUGGUCAUUUACAUCUGGUCCGCCAAUUUAUUGUGCAUAUCAGGCUCAUGAUGACAAGGAAAGUACAUCUGGCAUAGGCAAUGGUUAUUUUAUUGAUACUGGAACCGGGGAUGACUGGGAACUAUAUGCACACAACGGUCUGGGAAAAUUGAAACUCAAAAAGAGCAUUGAAGUUUAUGUUAGUGCAACACCUCAAAUAGCAGAAGAUGGGGGAGUUGUUUUAGGGUCUAGAAGAAGCAGCGUAUUCCAAGUUGAAACAAAAACUGGAAGCCUAAUUUCCUCAUAUACAACAAUGCUGCCUGAUUACCCAGCAAAUGAGAAGCAGGGGCUGGCCGGCAGAUCUGUGAAUCUGAAAUCAGCACUGUAUAUUACAAGGACUGAUUAUUCUUUGACGUCAUUUGCCCUAAACUCGACGAAUAAAGUUGUGUGGAAUGUGUCAGUUGCUGAAAUUGGGGCAGCUUUUCUUUGCCAAGGUUUUGAUGAUACGCAUUUCGACAUGCCAUUGCCAUGCAACUCAUGGGCUCCAGUUCGUCGCUUUCGUGGUCACAAUUUACUACAAUGUCUCUCCACUCCCAAUUGCUUGCUUAACCCUCACAUCAUACCACCGCCAUCUAAUCUCAAUCUUUUAUAUUCAAACAAUCAUCGUGAAGAUGGACCAAGGAUCAAAGGCAUUAGCAAACUUAUUAUUUAUAAUGAAAGAUUCAGCGUGUUCGUUUUAAUUGUUUUUGCUGCUAUGCUUGUGGGAACCAUUUUCCAGCAUCAUAUACCUCCCCAAAAGAAGAAAUCAAACAAGUCUGCAAAGGACGCAUCAGACAUUGAGACUGGUGACAAAAUGUUGUUGAACCUCCUCAACCAUCCAACUUCACACAAUGAAGAUGGCCGGACAAUUGGUAAAUUAUUUGUCUUCGAUAAGGAGAUUGCUAAAGGGAGCAAUGGGACGAUUGUUCUCGAGGGCAUCUAUCAAGGCCGUCCGGUUGCUGUGAAGCGUCUAGUCAGGGCCCACCAUGAUAUUGCUUUUAAAGAAAUGCAGAAUCUCAUUGCAUCUGAUCAACAUCCAAAUAUUGUUAGAUGGUACGGAGUGGAGCAAGACCAAGAUUUUGUUUAUAUGGCAUUGGAGCGCUGCAUUUGCAGUUUGGAUGACCUUAUCCAGAUCUGCUCGGUCUCUUCAGAAAAUGAUGAUGAUACUAAAAGGAUUAUGGAUCCUGCAUCUAUGCGGUAUAGGAUUCGCUUCGAUUCUUUGAAACUUGAUAUGCAGGGUAUAAAGUUGUGCAAGGAAAACGGCUAUCCUUCGACGACAUUACUCAAGCUGAUGAGGGAUGUGGUCUGUGGGCUGAUCCAUCUACACGAGUUAGGAAUUAUUCAUCGAGAUCUAAAGCCCCAAAACGUCUUGAUAACUAAGGAAAGAGUAUUGUGUGCUAAAGUAUCAGAUAUGGGUAUAAGCAAGCGCCUUAUUGAGGAUAUGUCUUCGUUAGGUCAUCAUGCAACAGGUUACGGAAGUUCAGGAUGGCAAGCUCCAGAACUGCUUCUUCAAGGGCGUCAAACACGUGCAUUAGAUUUAUUUAGUUUGGGCUGUGUUCUAUUUCAUUGUAUAACUGGUGGUUGUCAUCCCUUUGGCAACCCCCUGGAACGUGACAUCAAUAUUACCAAGAACAGAAUUGACCUAUUUUUGGUUAAGCAUAUGCCAGAAGCGGUGGAACUCCUCUCUGGCUUAUUAGAUCCCAAUGCUGAGAUGAGGCCAAACGCGGGAGAGGUUCUUGCUCAUCCUUUCUUUUGGACAUCCGAGACGCGAUUGGCAUUCCUUCGUGACACUAGCGAUAGGGUAGAAGUAGAAGACAGGGAUAGUGGUUCGGUUUUAUUAAAAGCACUGGAACUGGAAGGGACAUCUGUGUGUGGAUGGGAUUCAAAGCUGGACCCCGCACUCCUCCAUGACAUAGCCCGUUACAGGCGUUAUCAGUUCCACAGUGUCCGUGACUUGCUCAGGCUCAUACGUAACAAGUCCAAUCAUUACCGACAGCUUCCAACUGAAGUUCAGGAACUUUUAGGGCCAUUGCCGGAAGGAUUUGAUGCCUAUUUCACAAGCCGAUUUCCACGACUGCUUAUUCAGGUUUACAAAGUUGUGUCCUCACACUGUAGGAAAGAAGAGGUCUUCCAUAAAUACUUCUCAAACUCUACAAUUUAAUACUCCGUAUUUUAUCUUUCGACUUGUAUAACUACACUUAGAUACAUACUUGUUUGAUACCUCUAGUACUGUUUCCUGUACAUACACAUCCCCCGUGAAAUGUUUAUCCUGAUUAAACACCAUUGAUUUUCACUUACUCGGCUGAAAUGGAUUUUAGAACCUUCCUUUAAUAUUCAUAUUUCAACCAAGCUCUUACCUAACUAUGUUUGGACCAUAGUCACAUGGAUCGCGGUACGCUUCGGUACGCGGUACGAAAACAGAAACGCGGAUCACCACAAUUAAAAAUCUGAUACAUAGGGUGGUAGGCUUCUUCGGUACGCGAUUUCGGUACGCGGUACGCUGUACCCCUUUGUUUAUGUUUCAGGAUUCCAUCUGAAACUUAGUUUCAGGAUUCCAGCUGGAGUACUGGACGAAGACUGGGAGGAAAAAACAGUACUUCUUAAACGCUGAAGUGAGGAAAAUGGGAUGAUAGAAAUAGGAAAAGGUGCUGGUCAUUUAAAUAGAAAAAAUCAGGGGCGUGAAAGUCGUUUGCAGUGUACGACUCUGGAAAUACAACCGAACAAGUGCGUCGUUUCAUCCUCCAAGGUCGCCGAUCAUGGCUAGGAGUUCGAGAAAAAAAAUCAAAAAUCAAGACUAUUGGACUGUCGGUUCGUUGGAUGCUGGAGGGAACGGCGAACGACAACUUGGAAUCGGCGUACCCGCUGGAACAAACACACGAACUGCUACCAGGAUCCACCGUACCCGAACCGCGAACAUCAAACGAGUCGAACGCGAUUGUACCGCGAUCCGGUAUGCGCGAUCCGGAUAGGAAAUCGCGGGUAGUUCUGCGAUCCCUGUACCUAUGGUUUGGACCAUGCCGAUAUGUUUUGUGAAGUUGUACCCUCUUAACUCUAUAUAUUUAUCAAAACAUAAAGGCAAAACUUAAAGAAGCAAUAUAGCCCAAUCUCUUUUUAGAUUGUAGACCUCCACUGUACAUAACACAAUUCUAUAUUUCUAUACAAGAACAUAUGUGUGUGAGUGAGGGAAAGACUAAGCAUUGUUGUGAGAGAAUAUUUAUUAAUGGUCAACUUAUGUUCUUAGAUCCAUUUAUAUAAGCAUCCAAUAUGUGUUUGUGUCUCUCUAUAUAUAAUCAGGAUCAUUUUUUUAUAACGCGAAAGAUAAACCACCCAUCGGUGGGAUAAAUGUUGAGGAACAUUUACCGAGUUUAUUAAAAUAAAAAUAGUACAAAACGAGAAGGGAACUAGACCAAAACCUCUCAAGAGAAGGCAUACCUCCUCGAAAUACAUGAACAUAAAAGCAAACGAAAGGAAAGAAAACUAGACCUGACCCAAUUAAAGCACCAGACAACUAUAUUAACGAAAAGCGGGAAGAGCUGAAGCAUCUAAGUGAACCAACGUUUUGUCAAAGAGAAAAAGAGAUUAGCGAAUACAUGGAAUAUCGAGGGAGUCCAAUUCAAUGAGAUUUAAUGGAAUUGGAAAGACUGCUUCUUAUAAAAGUAAUUGAGCUGACUAAGAUGUAUACCAUCGUGGGCCAAAGCAUGAGCUACUAAAUUAAUCUCCCUAUAGAUAUGCCUUAUUACACUCACCCAACUCUUCCGAGUCAUAUCAAUUGUGCACAUCAGAUGAAAAGGCGGAUGUUGAGCACCUUUCAAAGCUUUGAUAACCAUCUCAGAAUCAGAUUCAAGCUAGAAAUCCUGAAAGCCUCGAUCUUUACAACAUUUUAGAGCAAUGUAUCCACUUGAAGCUCGGCUUGCACAACCGUGCUUGCUUUAAUCGGAAAGGAUAUAGCCAUGGCAAGCUCCAUCUAUCGUCUCUAAGCACUCUUCUUAGGAUCCAAUCAGAAGAGUGUUUAUUGUAAAAAGUGAGAAUGCAUCUGGUGCAUUGAAUUUGAGAUCUAAUGGUUGUUACAGUUCAAAAAUUGUUAAAAAGUGAUGAGCAACAUGGUGUUUCGUAAUUAACUCAAGCUUUUAUGCUAUCGGGUAAGCGUAAAAUUGCAACAAAAAUGACUAAAUCGAAUCCUUCUCCUUUCUUAUAUUAAGAUGUCUUCAUAUCCAAUCCUAUAUAUAAUUAGAUAUUAUAUAUAUAUAUAUAUAUAUGUUUUGGUUCAAACAAGAACAUGAUCUUAGGAGAGAAAUGAGAAUGAAUCUGGACCGUUAGAUUUGCUUUAAGUGAAAUUCAAUGUGCAUUGGAUGGAAUUGUAAUGUGCAUUAGGUGAAAUUGAAAUGUGCAGCACAAAUGGUACGAUACUGUGACAUUAUGUGAAGUUGAAUUGUGCAUUAGGUGAAAUUGAAAUGUCUACUAGGUGAAACUGAAAUGUGCGGAAUAAAAGGUAUUAUUUGAUGUUAUUUUUGUACCUUUUAUUCCGCACAUUUCAAUUUCACCUAAUGCACACUUGAGUUUAAAUUUUUAUUUCGCACAUUUCAAUAUCAUCUGAUGCAUAUUUCAGUUUCACCAAAUGCACAAUGCAGUUCCACAUAAUACAAUCCAACGGUCCAAAUUCGUUCUCAUUUCUCUUAUGGGAAUCCGUUCUUACCGGAAUAAAUAAGAAUCUUAGGAGAGAAAUGAGAAUGAUGCUAGACAGGUGGAUAUGUGAAUUGUCAAUGUAAUGAUAAAAUACUCAGUAGAAUGGAUGUGUGAGCCAUUCGUACGCAACGGUCGCCAUUCUUGGAAUGACUAAGACCGGUCUUCAUGUCCGACUUGGUCGGGGCUUUGUGCCUGACUUGGUCAGGGCUUUAAAUACUAGUGAUGGGUCUCAUGUCACAGUCUACUAGGCAUUUGAUCAUAAUUGUAUGAUGAUUUGAAAUUUGCCUGAUAAAAAGAAAUGAUUUAAAUAAAUAUACUCCGUAAAUAAUAUGAAAAUUAAAGAGUACUUAUCUUUUGAUGGGCUGAAAUAUUGGGCUGCUUUGCUGAAAUUGUGGCCCAAUUUAAUGGAUAAGAGUCAAAUUUGAGCUUGGAGUCGUCCUCGCCCAAGAAUUAAGCCCUAGCAAUAGCGUUUCUUGUUUACCAAGUAGAGCUAGCUCGCCCAACACCCUACCCAAGCUUCUGCUGACAGAGCUUCAGGAGAGGAGGGUGUUUUGGCCAUCCCCACUGCACGACACGAGGGUUAUGUGGUCGGAGUUGCUGUUCCUAAGGCCGAGAAUAGUCAGCGUCACUGAUGGAGAGGAAGGGAGGUCCCGGUCGGACAGGGGGGAGAGGACCCCUCAAUGUCCGUUGCUGCCCUGCAGUGCUCCGGGGUUCGCCGGAGCUGCCCUUGCUUGGGUCGCUUCCAGCAGGGCUACAGUUGCGUGACACAACCUUGUGCAGCUUGAAGGACCCUUUACCCAAGUACCCAACCACUGGAACGAGCCAGGACAGCUCUCUGGCACAUAGUUGCGAGCUGGGACGACAGAGAGGAGUGGCGAGUGACGAUGUCACGACAAAGGUGGAGACCAGAGUGGGCUGCGGACGCCGUUGCUGUUCGCCGAAGUCCGAUCGAGCUCAGCCUGUGAGGUUAGCAUUUCCAAAUCUAGAAGUUGCAGAUCCCAAGUCUGAAACUACAGCAGGUGGCUCGCGGUGGCUGGUGAGAUCCGUGGCAUCGGUGGCCUUCCGGUGGCGGAGGUGCUAGACCAGAAAGUGUUGUGGUGACCCCCCUGAGACACGGCGGCGCAGUGACGAUUGCUCUGGCCAGGUCUGGGACAGGUCAGAAAAGUGAAAGGUUGGGUCGUCGCUGGUCUGGAAGUAUCAUCGCUCCUCGUCACUGCUCUCGCUGGAGAGUGGAAGAGGAUCCGUCGGAACAGCUGCUGCUCGGGUCGAUUUUGGCGAGGCCAGAUCUCUGGAAUGAGCCCUCCAUUUGACCACCGAAACGAUCCAAGCCGGCUCCUCAAGCAGUCUAGUACGGGGUGCGAACUGGAUGCUGACGUCUUAGCUAUGGAUGACGGAGGUCACAACUUCGGCUUGGCUGGCGACGAUGGCUACAGAUGCGGCGACGGGUGAGCUCUCGGGCGGUGACGAGGUCUGACAAUGAGAUCUGGAGCCUUGCGCAGGGCAGUGGGUAGUUCUUGCUGUUCCGAUUCCCCAGAACGCAUAUACCAUUUUUUCAGGAUUCUUUUUGGAUUUUUCAGAAUAGUUUUUGCUGGAAUUUUUUGUGAUUGGGAUGAUUUUUGUGGUUGUUUUUGGGAGGUUUUCUCACUUGAUGAUGUUCAAACCUCUCAACGAGAGAACCAUUAUUGGAUAAUUAAUACUCAUAUUGUAUGAAAAAGAGAUUUGAACAAAGAAUGUGGAGAAAGAGAUAAGUGUGUAUAGAGUAUGAACUAUG